AUGGGCUCCGGGCGCCGGGCGCUGUCCGUGGUACCAGCGGUGCUGCUGGCCCUCACCCUGCCCGCGCUGCGCGUCGGGGCGCAGAACGACACGGAGCCCAUCGUGCUGGAGGGCAAAUGUCUGGUGGUGUGCGACUCGAACCCGGCCACGGACUCCAAGGGCUCCUCUUCGUCCCCUCUGGGGAUCUCGGUCCGGGCGGCCAACUCCAAGGUGGCCUUCUCGGCGGUGCGGAGCACCAACCACGAGCCUUCCGAGAUGAGCAACAAGACGCGCAUCAUUUACUUCGAUCAGAUCCUAGUAAAUGUGGGUAAUUUUUUCACCCUGGAGUCUGUCUUUGUGGCCCCAAGAAAAGGAAUUUACAGCUUCAGUUUCCACGUAAUUAAAGUCUACCAGAGUCAGACAAUCCAGGUUAACCUGAUGUUGAAUGGAAAGCCGGUCAUAUCUGCCUUCGCUGGGGACAAAGACGUUACCCGUGAGGCUGCCACUAACGGAGUCUUACUCUACCUGGAUAAGGAGGAUAAGGUUUACCUAAAACUGGAGAAAGGUAACCUGGUCGGAGGCUGGCAGUACUCCACGUUCUCCGGCUUCCUGGUGUUCCCCCUCUAGAGUUCGAGUUCCCCGUGGCGUUUGCCCAGGGGGGGCACUGCCCACCCCUGCGUUGUUGGAAGACCACCUUCUCAUCCUCGGAUCGAUGUCUUUUAUUGGUUUCCCAUGGGUCAGUAUGGAUUCUCCUUCAGGAUUCUAGGCCCGUCUGAGCCAAUCUGGCUUCACGGAUUAUUUGUGUGUGUGUGUGUGUGCGCGUGUGCAUUCUGUGUGUCGCACCAGGACUCACGGCAGACGACACCCAAGCUGUGCGUCCCCGUAACCGUUAAGUGCUGUCUGCGUGGGCUUAUCUUGAAUUUAAUUUCCUGGAAUGACUGAAUUCGUGACAGACGUGGAGUUUUGUUCAUUUAUCUUUAAGAGACUGGCCACCGGGUCUAAGAACCAGAAAACUCGAGAGUUCUGACUUCAAUCAACGGUUAGUGCGGUAGUGCCAAAGAACUGUAUCCCGCGUUGGUACAGCGAUCACACCUGCUUUCGUUCCUCCGGGGACUGGUUCGUUUUGUUCUGUUUAGGUACCUGGGACUUGUUUUUCUAGUGACUGGCUUUGUGUGUGUGUGCUCUACCGAUAGGGUAACGAAUGGCCCCUCCGAAAUUUACCCUUGCUUUGAGACCGCCCACAUGACUUCCCUGAAAAAAAAAAAAAGAGAAUGCUUCAUAGUUUUAUUUUACUUAUAUAUGUGAAAGAGUCAUAUUUUCCAAAUUAUAUUUUCUAAUAGGAAGAAUAGAUCCUAAGUCGGACAAGGAGAAAGUCGCUUGUCCGAGUUCUACCUGCUCAGUCCCCAAACGCCCACCAAGCCGCCCUCCUCCCCGGGAAAUCUGAAACUCUGUUGCUAAAUUUUAAUGACCGCGAUUGGUAUUACACCUUAUUAAGAACCUAAGGGGUAUUUUCCCCUUAGGCAUGACAAUGUUAUCAGCUGGAGAUGGGAUGCCUCUCUUUUUGAUUACACCCAUGUUUCAACCCUCCUGUUGUGUUCGAAGUUAUCAUCUGGUUUUGCCUUAAUCCUUGAAUUGUAUAUAUUUAUCUGUUUAGCUGAGAUGAAAUCCAAAUGUCCCAUAUCUAAACUUAGUGCAAUAUCUUAUUUUGUCUUUUGUACAGAUCAUAUGAAUUCAUAAAAUUAUUUAUGUCUCUGUUAUAGA